AUGGCACCCCCCGAAGCAUUCAACAUCUCGCGUUCCCAGCUGACCGGCCCACGAAACAGCACAGUCCUCAUCACCGGAGGCAGCAGCGGGAUCGGCUUACAAACCGCGAUCCUGCUCCACGACCAGCUGGACAACAAUGUAAUCAUACUAGACCGGGCGGCACCUCACCCUUCAGCGCCGGCAUCACUAGUCUCGUCGCCUCGGUUCUUAUACCAGCAAUGCGACAUUUUGUCGUGGAAGUCUCAGCGGGCGGCGUUUGAGGCCGGGUUCCGCAAAUUCGGAUCCAUCGAUGCCGUCUUUGUCAAUGCCGGGAUCAACGAGUACGGCGACCAGUUCUUCAAGGACGAGUUAGAUGAAGAAGGGUUACUGAGGGAGCCGGAUCGUCGGACGUUGAAUGUGGAUUUGCUUGCUGCUAAUGAUACGACUAGGUUGGCGAUUUAUUAUUUGAAGAAGAACAAGAAUAAGAAGCCCGACAGCAGCAGCAAAGGUGGAAGUGGAAGUGGAAGUGGGUUCUCCGGCUCGAUUGUCAUGACGGCCAGUCUGGCUGGGUAUUUGGCCAGUGCCGGUGCUCCUUUGUACAGUGCGGCCAAACAUGGGAUCGUGGGCUUGAUGAGAGCUCUAAAAAACGACACGGCCAAACAAGGAAUUGCCAUCUCGGUGGUCGCCCCGGGAAUCACGUUGACGGAUAUCAUUGCAGGCCGCAAACCUGGAGAGUCGCUGUCCGAUUGGGCCAAGAGGAUGCGGGCGCUGGGAGUGCCCAUCAACGACCCGGCCGAGAUCGCGGAUGCGGUGGUGUAUCUUAUGGGAUUGGGUAUCGAUGCCAACGGGAAAGGUCUGCUGGUUCAGGCGGGCCGGGUGGCUGAUGUCGAGGCUGGGAUUGCGACUUCGCGAAAUGUCUGGAUGGGAGAGGAGAUGUUGAGAUUGUUCAGAAGGGGCCGAAAUGCUCCUUUGUUUCCGAAUCGGUUGUGA